ACAAAGAAAGCACCACUUUUGAAUGAAGUUCACGUCUGUUCCUUUAGAAGUUUUUCGUUUUUGUCCACGAUUUUCACAGUUUCCACGAUGAACAGAAGCGGAGUAUCGCGGUUAGAAACGCGAAGCACGAGGGCAAAUAAAGAAGAACUCGUCAAACGUGUCAUGAUGACAGUUGAACGCGUUAGAAAAUGGGAGAAAAAAUGGGUUAAUUCUGAUGCAGAGGGAUGCACAUUGAAAAUCUAUAAAUGGGUGCCAGUAUCAGAUGAUGAUUUAAAAAAGGUGAAAACAAUUCAAAAUAAUUUACCACCUGGGAUUACAGACAGUAUGUCUGAUACAAGCAGUCCCCUACCAGCAGAUGACAGUAGUCUGCCAGGAAAGGACAGUGAACAAGCGCAGCAAAAUGAAUUAAAAAACAGUUCAGAAAAUGCCAAGGGCACUGGUCUGAAUGCCAGGCAAAUAGGCAAAAUAUUACAAGAUGAAGGAGAGGAUAGUAACCAUGCACCCUCAGUUGCCAGUGAAGACAGCACAUCAAUCAUGUUUCACCUUGGUAUUAAUGUUGUUGGUGAAAAUGAGGAUAGUCGCCAAAGUUUUCAAAGUAUCACUGAUAGCGAAUCCUCAGAAACUAAUGCAAGAAAGAGUCCAGCAUCAGAACCAUCGCAUAUUGUGAUAAAUGAUACAUCAGGAUUGUUUAGCAUAACUGCCCCCUCUGGAGAUGCAAACACCAGCAAUAAGAGUGACGAACCACCAGCAAAGAAAGCAAAAGAAUCAACCUCUUAACAUGUGUCCAUUUUCUCAGAAUUGGACUCAUUUUUUCCAAGAAAGAGAAACAAAAGAUGUCUAAAGAAUAUCACGUUUGAAAACUCAGGAUUUCAUCAUGUAUUGUAAAAUGACUCGUUCAAAGCAGAGAGCGCAUACAAAGAGCAAACUGUUUGGAAUAUAUAUUUGCGAUUUUAGAUUGUAUAUAGUGUAUAUGGUCACCUGGAAAGUAAUUAGCAUACGAAGCGUAUUAAAUAUUCAUGACGUAAGAAUAUAUUAUGUAAAGUUAAUGACGUCAUAUGAAUAGGCAGAAAAUACAAUAUGGCGACUCGAGGAGAAGAGUCAACGAAUCCUUUUGGCGACAAUCUCGAUGAUUUUGAAUUUGAUACAGCACUCAGUCGGCUUGAACAAACGCAGAACAGAAUCCUAGGAAGUACUUCUCGCUCUCUGGGGCUUAUCGAAGAGUCUCAUCACAUAGCAAUCAAAACAGCCGAAGAAUUAGACCGACAGGAAGAGGCAUUGUAUCGUACAGAACGAAACUUAGAUGAUAUGUCUCGCAACAUGACAGCAGCUAACAGGCAUAUCAAGUCGGUAAAGAGCGUCUGGGGCGCUAUUGGGAACUACUUUAGUAAACCAAAAGAAGACACGAGUGUUAAAAGUGAGCCGAUGAAGACAGAGGUACCUCAACGAAAUUUAAAUAUCGAUGCUGAUUUGAAAAUAGAUUACGGUGAACGAGACUAUCUUAGUGAAUAUGGUGGUGGCAACAGAGGGAGAGGAACAGCUGCUUUUGAGAGGCAAUAUGAUAAUCAUUUAGGUGAAAUUUCGCGUGGGCUAAGCAUCUUGAAAGACGAUGCGUUAGUUUUGGGGCAGACUAUUGAUCGACAUGAUGACAUUAUCACAAGAGUUCAAGGAAAGGUUGAAAAAGUUGAUGACGAAGUUGGCCUUGCUGACAGGAAAAUAAAGAAGAUUUUAAGAAGUUGAUUUCCUUCAAGAAAGUUUAACGAUUUAUGGGUUGCUGACAAUAUCCAGGACUUUGCUUUAAGGCAAUAUUUUUUGGACAAUAUUUGUUGGACUUCGCUUUAAGUCCCGUUUACACUUUUGCUGCAAUUUUCUGUGUGAUUUUCUUCUUUUGAUAGAUGUGAACGAGUGAUUAGUUGCGAAUGCUCUCAUGUAUAAGAACUCUUAUUUGAACAUAAAUCAUGACGUAAUUAACUGAUUCACUCGUUCACAUCUAUCAAAAGAAGAAAAUAGCACGUAAAAUUGGAGCAAAAAUUAGACUAAUCAGCAAGUUUGUUUUCAUUUUCAGUAACCAAUAGGAAUGCAUAAAUUUUUACCGCUUUCAGUCAGUCGAUCCUAUGAAAAUUUUGUAUGAAUAUUUGACAGAUUUUUGUCAUUACAACUCCGAUUUCAUUGACGUUUUGGCUAAACUGAACUGAGCUCGCGAUCAAUGAUAAUCAGAGAUACCAUUCAGGCUAAAUAUAUCUUAUUCUAUCGAAAACAAUGAUCUUUUUUAAACUCAUUCAAUUCAGCAGACAGUGGUUCAAAGUCAUGUGUCGUAUGUGCGCAAUAAUUUAACUAUCGAUUUGAUUUCUCUCUCUUUGAGUUUGUCGUCUUCUGAGAGAGAACCAAAAGACUUGCAAACACAAAUCUUGCAAAAUUUAGGCAAUUUAAGUGCUCGGUUCAAACUUUCUGACUGUUUGAAAUCAGACGAAACGCCCUCCAGUCAAGCAUCAGUUGUAACAGUAUUUGAAAGCAUUUACUGUCCGUAAAUCUGAAAUUACUAAAUAUAAAACAUAUACCACACGAUAUAAAUAUAAAUUACCUUUAAAUUAUCGUUACCACCAGCAGGCCAGCGAAUAAGGGUGUAGAUAAAAGGCGGGCGCGGAAGCGGACUGGCGGACGCGGGCCGGCGGACGCUGACUGGCGGACCGAAA